UCUCACAAGAAUGAUAUAUUCUGACAAAUCAACCAAUCAAAAAUUCUUGUUCAAAGUUGCUGAUAGUAUUAUAUGUAACCAAACCCAAACCCAAACCCACUGCUAAUAGUGUUGAUUCUAAUUUAUUCUGAUCCUAUUCUAUAUAAGUUCUCUGAAAUCUUCAUUGCUUGAGAUUAAUUAUUUUAAAUCUUCACUAGCACUAUAAUUGAAAUAAUUCAAAAUUCACCAUAAGUUAAAUGCAUGAAUUCUGCAGCUGUCCUUAUUCAAUAUCUAACUUUCACAUAUGGGUGGGAUAAUUGAAAAUAUCAUGGCUUGGGUCAGGCCCACCUUAGGCCUCAAAGUGAUCUUUUGCUCUUUAACUCUUUGAAGAGGUCUAGUGCAGUAUAUUUGCCCAAUGCAUUAUGUCCUUUUUGCUUUAUUGCCUUGUUCUGUUUGCAUUAUUGCCUCUUUGUCCAGGUAAAGAUUGUGCAUGAGUACAGUGAGUGUUCUGGAAUUCCAGUUCUUCUCAUAGUUUGUUAUGAUCCACACAGUUGAAUGCCUUGGCAAAAUCUGUAAAACCCAAGCAAACAUCUUUCUGAUAUUCUCUGCUUUCAGCUAAGAGCCGUCUGACAUCACUGAUCUCCCUCGGGUCAUGUCAUCUUCUGAAACUGGCUUGAAUUUCUCGCAGCUCCCUGUCAAGGUGGGAAACUGUCUGUCAGGAAACAUAGUUUCAACUCCUUGGCUCCAUGGCUCUUGUGCCAGUGAUUCCAGACGCCCACAGCCAUGUGCUCGCUGAGUUUGAGUGUCUGGAUCCAUUACUGUCCACCCUGAGGCUUGACUCCGGUCGUCUGAAGUGCACGAGCCUCGCUGUCUCUCGCAAGUGGCUGGCGUUGGGCAGCUCAGGAGGAGUCCUCAAUCUCAUCCAGAGGGAAGGCUGGAAGCACAGGCUUUUCCUUUCCCAUAGGGAAGGUGCAGUUUCUCAGGUUGCCUGUUGUUUACAUGACGAUGAUUAUGUUGCUGCAGCUACCAGUCAAGGUUUUGUAGUAGUUUGGGAAUUAAAUCAAGAGCGUCGUGGGAAACCGGAACGAAUUUAUGUGUCUUCAGAACACAAAGGCCGAAGGGUUACAGCUCUCUGCUGGGAUACAGCUGUCCUUAGAGUCUUUGUAGGUGAUCAUGUGGGGAAAGUGUCUGUCAUCAAACUCAACACUUCUAAACAAGCAAAGGGAGCUGCUACCUUUGUGAUGUUUCCUGUUCAGACGAUCACGACCGUCGACUCGUCCAUUGUGCAGUUAGACUAUUUGGAUGGAAGACUACUUAUAUCUUCACUUACUCGAUCUUUCUUAUGUGACACUGAAAGAGAGAAGUUUUGGAAAAUUGGCAACAAGGAAAGAGAUGGAAUGUAUGGAGCUUGUUUCUUCCCAGGGAGGUGUUCUGGGGGACAGCAGCCCCUGGUCUAUUGUGCUCGCCCUGGCUCCAGGAUGUGGGAAGCGAACUUUGAUGGGGAUGUUAUAAGUACGCAUCAGUUCAAGAAACUCCUCUCAUCACCACCUCUCCCUGUGAUUAAUCUAAGAUCUGAACCUCAGUAUGAUCCAACGGUUGGACCCUCCCAGUCUCUGUCUUUCCCCAAACUCUUGCAUCUUAGCGAGCACUGUGUGCUGACUUGGACAGAGAGAGGAAUUUACGUUUUCAUUCCUCAGCAUGUUCAAGUUCUCCUUUGGAGUGAAGUAAAAGAUAUUCAGGAUGUGGCUGUCUGCAAGAAUGAACUGUUCUGUUUGCACCGCAAUGGGAAGGUGUCACAUCUUUCCUUGUUGUCUGUGGAACGCUGUGUGGAACGCCUGCUAAGGAGAGGCCUGUGGAACCUGGCUGCUCGGACUUGCUGUCUUUUCCAGAAUUCUGUCAUUGCCAGUAGAGCGAGGAAAACUUUAACUGCAGAGAAAUUGGAGCAUUUGAAAUCUCAGCUGGACAUGUCUAGCUGCAGUGAUCUAAUUUCUCAACUAGACGAAUUGAUCGUAAAAUUUGAACCUUUGGAUUCCGCUUGCAGCAGUAGAAGAAGUUCCAUUUCAUCACAUGAAAGUUUCAGCAUCUUGGACUCUGGUAUUUAUCGUAUUAUUAGUAGUAGAAGAGGCAGCCAGUCCGAUGAAGACUCUUGUUCCCUUCACAGUCAAACCCUCUCAGAAGAUGAGAGACUUAAAGAACUCACCUCCCAGCAGGAAGAGGACCAGCCGGAGCAGUGUUGUGGCUCACAUGGAAGUGAAGUGGCGUGUGAUGUAGAUAAGAAUGAAACUUUCCUCCCCUUCGGCGUCCCGUUGUCAUUUCGUUCUGCAUCUCCUCUCGUGUCUCUUCAAGCUGUCAAGAAAAGUGUUUCCAGUUUUGUGCGUAAAACUACUGAGAAGAUCGGCACCCUUCACACCAACCCUGAUCUGAAAGUGAGGCCAGAACCCAGUGGAGAUGAGCUGUCCUGUGAAGAGGAUGUGAGUCCAGUCACCUGCCCAAAGGAGGGCGACACUGAGGGGGAAAAAGAGAUAACUCGUCAGCCUCCAGAGGAAGACUGGCUCCAGGAACUCAAAGCUGCAACAGCAGAAGCAAUGACCAAGCUGCAGGACCCACUGGUGUUAUUUGAACCCAGGUCUCUGAGAAUGGUUUUACAGGCGUGGCUCCUGCAGUUAGAAACAGCAUUUGCUGCGGAGGACUUUCCAGACUUCUCGAACCCCAGCCGCUCGGGUGUAACAGCUGACCAGGAUGUGCUCCAAACCGAUGAGUCAAAAAAGGGACUGUUAGAUGAUGGCGGUGACAAAGAAAAAAGGGAUGCUGUAGACAACGAAGAAAUUGUUGAUCCAACAGCUUGCGAAUCUGCACGUAGUCUGAGGGAGCCCCCAGCUCACCUGUAUCGAAUAGAUUCUCCAUGCCUCAUAGCAAACGGCCUUCAGAAGGACCUGGCCGAACUCACAACCCUGUGCUUGGAGUUGAGUGUUUUGAGCACUAAGAUGGAAUGUACAAGAGGACACAUGGACCACACUUUGCAACAGAGCUCUCAGGAAACUCUGGCUUGUCGCUUUCUGAAGAAGUACUUUUUCCUCCUGGACUUGAAAAGAGCAAAGGAGAGUAUCAAGCUUAGUUACGCCAACAGCCCUUGUGUUUGGGAUAUGUUUAUUGAAGGAUUGAAAGAAAUGGCAAGUUCCAACCCCACUUUCAAGGCCAUGGCAGAAGGAGACCUACCAACAAGAUUAAAGUUCCUGGAAGACUCAGACCUUUUUGAUAGUCCUUUGCUCAUUGUUUAUGCUACCCGGUUGUAUGAGACGUUUGGGGAAUCUGCCCUUCGGUCCUUAACCAGGUUUUACCCAUCCAUUUUGCCUUCGGAUAUCAUGCAACUUUGUCGUAAUCAUCGCGCUCAAUUUUUGGCCUACUUAGACAGCCUGGUGAAAUCCAGGCCUGAAGAUCAAAGGCCAUAUUUCCUUGAGUCCCUUCUGCAACCAGAGUCUGUAAGAGUGGAUUGGCUGCAUUUGGCAGUGUCCCACGAGGCUCCGCCACGCACAAGCACUGUGGAUGAUGAAGGACAUCCCAGGCCUCAUUCACACUUACUUUCGUGGGGCUACUCUCAGCUGAUCCUUCAUCUAAUUAAACUUCCUGCAGAUUUUGCAACCAAAGAGAAAAUGACUGACAUCUGUAGGUCUGCCGGUUUCUGGCCUGGAUACCUAACUCUCUGUUUGGAGCUAGAGAAGAGAAGAGAGGCCUUCACUAACAUUGUGCACCUGCAUGACAUGAGUCUGAUGGAAGGUUGGAUUCCAGAGACUUUGGGAGAAUGGAAGUUUCUCUUACAGCUUGUACAGAACAAGAGUACAAGGCCAGCCUCUCAGGAGUCAUCAAAUGGGCACCUUGGAGAUGGGCCUUCCCCCAUCAACGUGGAGAAUGUGACCCUCCUGUUGGCUAAGACAAUGGGCCCCGAUCGGGCCUGGUCUCUGCUACAGGAUUGUGGUUUGACCCUUGAAUUAUCAGAGAGGUUUACAAGAACCUGUGAUAUCCUGAGGAUUGCCGAGAAAAGGCAGAGAGCCUUGAUACAAAGCAUGCUGGAAAAAUGUGACCGGUUUCUCUGGUCCCACCAGGCAUAGUGGAAGAUUGAGCACCGCAUCGUGAUGUUUUGAAAAAAUGGAAUGAGCUCUCCGAAUGCAUUUGUUAUUUAAGAGAUGCACUCUUGAAAACACUCCUCCUUUAUGUGGGGGAUUCUGUCGUUGUCUGCAACUCUGGCGUCUAUGGCUCUACCGUGGAGCCCAGGGUCUCGCAACCUAAAUCAGAUUUUCACAGGAUUCAGUCCUGGUUUCCUGAAAUGAAGUGCUCUGGGAGCAGACUGUGGAUGUUCCCCAGUGUGUACUCCUUCGGAGCCUCUGGUCUGGGGAUUUAUUUUUCUACUCUGGCUUCUAGGUAGGGAGCAGAAAUUUCUAGUCCUGGUCAUGUGAAAACAGUUUUUGUUGUUAACCAGGAUGGAAUUCUUUUUUAUAUCUUGCCUGGCACUGUCUUAAGAAUUACUGGACUAGAACAGCCCAGUUUUAUUGAAUUAGCACAUAAAUACUGAAGAUUUAAAUCAAGAAGUUUAAAAUAAUGUAGCAUCAUACUUACAUUUUUCUCAUUUUAAAAUAUAAUUGUCCCCAUAUGGAUUUGACAUUUUUCUGACCUGAACCCAUAUAUCAAAACCAAAUUCAAGUGCUAUCAAGUCGAUUCAGAUUCAGCGACCCAAUAGAGUAGAGUAGAACUGU